AUGUAUAGAACGUUGACUAACCUCUUCCGGCAGGCCACUGGCGGCCCAACUUCACACCGAACCGUCGAGCGCGGCAUAAGACGCCCGGGAUCUUCCAGACAGAGCAGGCCGGCAGCACAGGCUACAUCGGCCACCAAGUGCUCACACAAUGCCUGGCGCACGCCGACGUCUCCGACGUUUGCCCUAUCUCGCCGCGACCUGAACAUCUCGCAUGCAAAGCUCCGCGUGAUGAUCGUCGACAACGACGACUUCUUCCUCCACCACCCGCCAGAACUUCUCUCCCACGUCCAAGACGCAGAUGCAUGCAUCUACUGCCUCGGCACCAACGUGCCCGUGCGGCCCGCCGAGUUGAAUCGCAAAAUCAACUUUGAGUUUGCCAUUAGCACUGCGAGACGCUUCUCCGCUGAAAAGUCCCGGUCGACAGGCAGUAGGCCGUUCAAGUUUGUGUACUUGAGCGGCGCACUGCCCGAGAAAGACGAGACCAAAAAGCUGUGGUUUCUGGCUGACAAUCGCCGCAUGAGAGGACAGCUGGAGAAUGAGCUGCUGCGGCUUGACGCCGAGACGAGACCCGGCGGGCUGUUUGAAGUCUAUAUUGCGAGGCCGGGGUUUGUGCAGCCCCAGGGCGCCUGGCUGCGCACUUGGGUGGUGGGCAAGCUGGCGAAUUCCAUUAUGAUGCACCACCUCGCUGCAAGCAUGUUGCAGGUGGCGCUGGAGGGGCACUCGGGGCCGAUUGUAGAGAACGAGGAGCUAAAUGGUAUUGGGAGGAGAGUAUAUACAGUGGGAGUAACGAAGAAAUUUCGCGUAGUUCCGGAGUCUUCCAAGAUUCCGGACAUCCGCGCUAUCCACGAACAUCGAUCUCAGCGAAGUCAUUAUAUACAAGUCAUGUCGAGACCGUCGCCUCUGAACGACCCCGUGCCCUCCUAUGAGGAGAGCAUCGCAUCAGGCUGGACCCCUGCUACGCUCCACCAACAGCUCGACGACGCACGUCUCUCGCGCGUGCGCGACGUCCUGUCGACCUACAUUGACCCGCUGCUGGCCAGCCAAAGCGCAUCCGGCAUCUACAAGACCGUCUUUCUGCUUGUGCCGUGCAACGUGACUUCGCUGCCGCCGCUGGAAUCAUCAUCCUACUCACAGCCCGAGAUAGUAGGCUUUGCGUCCACCGAGGUCGUCAAGCUGGUUCGUCUGAAAGGGGAGGAGCAUACGGUGGAAUUCUGGAGACAGCCGUUUGUCCUCGACGAGCUGGCGGCCAGUUUGCGUAUGCGGCUGGCGAUGAGCGGUCAUCGCGUCGCCGGCGAGUCAACGAAUCCUCCUCCGGUCGUUGUCGAGCCUGCGCACAGUGGUAGUAGAAAGUGGUUCAGAUCAUCAAAGACGAAGAAAGCAAAGUCGUCGCUGUGGGCGGCCACGGCACCUUCCGAGGCCACCAUCAUCGACCGCAAGCUGGGCUGGCGGUCUGACACAUCAAACAGCGUGAGCACGGGCGAGGUUCGCGUUCACGUCGAGUGGACGGAGAUUUGUCUGCGGGUGGAAAAUGCCGUUGGUCUGUAUGAGACGCAGAAGGGGGCCGGGGUAAGAAUCUUGUGUGUAUUUUGCUCUCUGCCGGUGGACAACAUCCCCUACAUGCUUCAAUAUGACUCCACAUACUGCGUCUACCAUGCUUGGUGUAUGGGACAUCCCACCAAGAAUAUCACGACAAGCCUUCUGUUCUCAUGCAAGACUAAGAAGAAGGAGAAGGAAGAAGAAAAGAGGGAAACGAAACAAAAGAACUUUCUGCUUUCUAUUUACUGUCUCUUCAUAAUACAGACCAACAUGCCUCCAGCAUCCCCCCUAGCCAUCGCCACCUCCUCCGUGCAGCGUCUCGUCAAGGAGGAAGCUUCCUACCAUCGCGAGCUAGAGCAGCAGACCAAGCGCCUCCAAAAGCUCGAAUCAGAGACCCCCGCAGACGACAAUGAAGGAAACCGCGAGUUCUUACUGAAGCAGGAGCGUCAAGCAAUUGAAGAAACCAAGGCGGUUUUCCCGACGUUGAAGCAGAAGAUCACGGAUGCUCUGGCGAAGUUGGAACAGCUUAUUGUCGAAGAAGGCCACAAAGGAGAGGCCAGCAACGUCGAGCAGCUCACUGCUGCCAAAGAGGCCGUGUCACAGGGCAAGACGUCGCUGAGGGAAAUUGCAUGA